UUCCAGGCUAGCGAGCGAAUAUUGAUUAUUUUUCUCUAGUAACAUCAGUAGCUGUAGCUACGUUGUGCACGCUUUCUGAUUAUUAUUCUAACGUGCUACUAAAUUCUAUUAUUUUUUUCUCGAUCCAAGUUCCCAUCAAAUCUCAAUCAUUGGUUUUAUUCAAGGAAUAGAUCAGUUUGCAACAAUGAAAAUGAAUUUGUCGGAAAAACAGCGCGAUGAAUUAAACCGCGCGAUUGCUGAUUAUCUCCAGUCAUAUGGUUAUACCGAAUCAUUCGAUGCUUUCAGACGAGAAACAGGCUUGAUGGAAAACGAUGAUAAAAAGUAAUGGGUUUACUGGAAAAGAAGUGGACAUCAGUAGUCCGUUUACAAAAAAAGUUAUGGAUUUGGAAGCAAAGCUACAAGAAGCUGAACGAGAAUACAUACAUGGAGCACCAACGAGAGAAAAACGGCAACCAGGGGAAUGGAUUCCACGACCGCCCGAAAAAUUCUGCUUGAGUGGUCAUCGUUCGCCAAUCACCCGAGUUAUAUUCCAUCCUGUCUAUAGCAUAAUUGCAUCCUCUAGCGAAGAUUCGACAAUUAAGGUGUGGGAUUUCGAAACGGGCGACUUCGAGCGAUCAAUAAAAGGGCAUACUGAUGCCGUACAGGAUCUCGCAUUUGAUAAUGGUGGAAAGUUAUUAGCAUCAUGUUCUGCUGACAUGACAAUCAAAAUAUGGGAAUUUGUACAAACAUUCGAUUGUAUGAAAACACUUAAAGGACACGACCAUAAUAUUUCAUCAAUCGCAUUCCUGCCUUCUGGUGAUCACUUACUGUCUGCUUCACGAGAUCAUUUGGUGAAAAUGUGGGAAGUAGCAACAGGUUAUUGCAUCCGAACAUUUGCUGGCCAUAAUGAAUGGGUACGAAUGGUACGUGUGCAUCAUGACGGAAAUAUGUUUGCAUCCUGUAGUAAUGAUCAGACAAUUUGCAUAUGGAAUACACUGUCAAAGGAAUGUAAAAUGCAGUUCUUCGAUCAUGAACACGUUGUUGAGUGUGUUCAAUGGGCACCUGACAAGGCUCUUCGUUAUGUCGCUGAAGCUGAACAAGAUCAUUCUUCUCAAAUGAAUGGUGAUGCAAAAAAAACUGAUAGUAUGAUUGCACCGAAAUUGGGACCAAUUCUUGUUUCUGGUUCUCGAGACAAAACGAUCAAGUUUUUUGAUAUCAAUGCGGGAUGUUGUUUAUUCACUCUGAUUGGUCACGAUAAUUGGGUCCGUGGAUUACGGUUUCAUCCUGCUGGUAAAUAUCUACUCUCAGUUGCUGAUGAUAAAACAUUACGCGUAUGGGCAAUUGCGCAGAAACGUUGUGCCAAAACAUUAGAUGCUCACAAACACUUCGUCAGUUCACUUGACUUCCAUUCGUCUUUACCUUACGUUGUGACAUCUAGUGUGGAUAUGACGAUUAAAGUAUGGGAGUGUCGUUGAAAUGGAAGGAUUUACAAAUAGCGUAAACGAAACAAUGAGUUUAACCUACUUUUCCAUUCCUACUGACAUCAUGCGCAGUGCUUCGCUUUCUAUUGCAUAUUCCUUCUGUAAUUGGAUGAUCUACUCAAGGUGUAAUUUGUUAGAGGGUUUACGCUACUCUACGUUUUAUACUAAUCAGGUGAAUUACUGGGUAGGUUCUUAUGAAGUUCAGCGAUGUGUCAGAAACGAUUAAAGAAUCAGG